AUGGCCGAGGGCGGCGGGGGCGCGCGGAGGAGGGCUCCGGCGCUGCUGGAGGCAGCCCGCGCGCGGUACGAGAGCCUGCACAUCUCAGACGACGUGUUCGGCGAGUCGGGCCCGGACAGCGGCGGGAACCCCUUCUACAGCACCUCCGCAGCCUCGCACUCCUCCUCGGCCGCCUCCUCGGACGAUGAGCGCGAGCGCCCCGCUCCUCCGGGGACCGCCCCGCCACCCCAAGCAGCAGAUCCAUUGGAGCUGGAGGAGGAUGAGGCCGGUGGAGGCUGGAGCGCCGCGCUGCGGGAUCGCCCGCCCCCGCGCUUCGAGGACACCGGUGGUCCAAUCAGAAAGAUGCCUCCCAGCGCUAGUGCAGUGGACUUCUUUCAGCUUUUUGUUCCGGACAACGUGCUCAAGAACAUGGUAGUACAGACCAACAUGUAUGCCAGGAAGUUCCAGGAACGCUUUGGAAGUGAUGGUGCCUGGGUGGAGGUGACAUUGGCCGAGAUGAAGGCCUUCCUGGGCUAUGUGAUAUCUACCAGCGUCUCGCACUGUGAGUCGGUACUUAGCAUUUGGAGUGGAGGCUUCUAUAGCAACCGGAGCCUCGCCCUCGUCAUGAGCCAGGCCCGCUUCGAGAAGAUCCUCAAGUACUUCCAUGUGGUGGCCUUCCGUUCCAGCCAGACCACGCAUGGGCUCUACAAGGUCCAGCCCUUCCUGGACUCACUGCAGAGCAGCUUCGAUGCUGCCUUCAGGCCGUCUCAGACCCAGGUGCUACAUGAACCCCUGAUUGAUGAGGAUCCCGUGUUCAUUGCCACGUGCACAGAGCGUGAGCUGCGCAAGAGGAAAAAGCGGAAAUUCAGCCUGUGGGUCCGCCAGUGCUCGUCGACUGGCUUCAUCAUCCAGAUCUAUGUCCACCUGAAGGAAGGCGGUGGCCCAGAUGGCCUGGACGCUCUGAAGAACAAGCCACAGCUCCACAGCAUGGUGGCCCGGAGCCUGUGCCGGAAUGCGGCUGGGAAGAAUUAUAUCAUCUUCACGGGGCCCAGCAUCACCAGCCUCACCCUGUUUGAAGAAUUUGAGAAGCAAGGGAUCUACUGCUGUGGCCUGCUGAGCUCUAGGAAAAGCGACUGCACCGGCCUCCCUCCAUCCAUGUUGACCAACCCUGCCACCCCACUGGCCCGGGGCCAGCACCAGAUCAGGACCAAGGGGAACAUGUCUCUGAUCUGCUGGUACAACAAGGGGCACUUCCGCUUCCUGACCAAUGCCUACUCCCCUGUGCAGCAAGGUGUCAUCAUCAAGAGGAGGAGUGGGGAGAUCCCCUGCCCGCUGGCUGUGGAGGCCUUCGCUGCUCACCUCAGCUACAUCUGCAGAUACGACGACAAGUAUAGCAAGUAUUUCAUCUCUCACAAGCCAAACAAGACGUGGCAGCAGGUGUUCUGGUUUGCCGUCAGCAUUGCCGUCAACAACGCCUACAUCCUGUACAAAAUGUCAGAUGCCUACCACGUGAAGAGGUACAGCCGGGCACAGUUUGGAGAGAGACUUGUCAGGGAGUUACUGGGCCUGGAGGAUGCAUCACCAGCCCACUGAGACUGUGCUGGCCCAGGGGUGGCAGGGACAAGGAAGGAGCCUGUCACCUGCCUAUUGGAGGGCCCAUGUGUGGCCCGAGGGUCUGCUUUCAGCACCUCCCCCAAGAGGGGGGGACUCCCCAGAGCCUAAUACAGGUGACUGGAGGGGCUGUGACCUUGGAAGGUACCAGCAAUAGGGACCAGUGGACCAUGCUCUGCUUCCCAGAGCCUGAGAGCUUAUGACGGGCUCAAGCUCAGACCGGGCAAGCUUGCAAAAUGGACCACUCAGUGCCACCACUCAGCACCUAGGGACGUGUGUGUUCAGCUUAGAUGGCUCCCUUGAAAGAAGAAACGCAACGUGGUGCCAUUAAAACUCAGAGUCGACGAGA